GCGGCGAGCGCAGCACUCACAGCGGGGCCGCGGUUUGAAAUCUGAUCCGGGCUAAUUUUUUUUUAUUUACCCCCCUCCUCCUCCUCCUCCUCCGGAGUCCGGAGCUCCAAACUGUUUAGCGGGAGUUCGUGAGUCCAGCAGUUUCACACAGAGGAGCGCCCGAGCAGAGAGAGGAGCUGACUGCACCUCCGCGCGCUGAUACCACGCCGGGCAGAGCGACGAGCUGGACUGGGCAACUCAGGCUUGUGUCUUAACUCAGAGAGAGACAGAGAGGGGCUGAAGUUUAUCUGGAUUGGCCCUUAAGGAAGAGCUGAACGUCAGUGAAUGUUGGAGAACUCAUAUGGACUAUACGCACCUUCUCAAGAAGCAGCUGGGCAGUUUAUUGUGAUUUUGUAAUACCUGAGGAUUACUGACAGCACGGGAGAUUUUCAGGUGGGAAGUGCACAGGGGACACCUGGGUGACAGUGUCCAAGUGUGUGUGUGUGUGGCAGCACUACGUUGACAUCAUGCGGAGGACCGGGGAGGAUGUGUGAGUCCGGCGUCCGUGACGAGGACCCUGGGCCGCGGCGGCCCCCGGCCGGGAUGACGGCGCUUUGCCUUCUCCUCUACCUCUCCUCCGUGGUCCUGUCAGCGCGCGGCGCUCACCUGCCCUCGGCACAGCCCACAGACUGGCGUUUGACCGAGGCAGAGUUGGAACUAGAGACGGAGGUGUUUCUAGAGGACUAUGUGGUGGCCAUGGGGGACUCGUUGGACCUUCAGUGUAACCCACCCAACGGCCUGUCUGUCAGGUGGCAGAAAGACGGCGACAUUGUCCCCCCUGGCAACCGUACGCAGCUGAGGUCCAACACGCUGCACAUCAAGAAUGUCUCGUACGAUGACUCGGGCGUCUACUCCUGCAGAGACAAACACGACAACACGCUGAUCGGCAACUAUACCGUCAAAGUCACUGAUUCCCUCUCGUCUGGUGAUGAUGAAGAUUAUGAUGAGGAGCCAGACGAUGGAGGUAAUCCAAAUGAGGCGCCAUAUUGGACCCGCCCGGAGCGGAUGGAUAAGAAGCUCUUGGCUGUCCCCGCUGCCAACACGGUGAAGUUCCGCUGCGCAGCGGCAGGAAACCCCACCCCCAGCAUCCACUGGCUGAAGAACGGAAAAGAGUUUAAGGGCGAGCAGAGGAUGGGAGGCAUUAAGUUGAGGCAUAUGCAGUGGAGUUUGGUCAUGGAGAGUGCUGUGCCGUCGGACAGAGGCAACUACACAUGCGUAGUGAAGAACCAAUAUGGCACCAUCACACACACUUACCAGCUUGAUGUACUAGAGCGUUCUCCUCACCGGCCCAUCCUGCAGGCAGGUCUGCCGGCCAAUCAGACAGUGGUGGUGGGCAGUGAUGUAGAGUUCCACUGUAAGGUGUACAGUGAUGCACAGCCGCAUAUCCAGUGGCUCAAACACAUUGAGGUUAACGGCAGUCGCUACGGGCCCAACGGAGCACCCUACGUUACUGUUCUGAAGAAUCUGACUAGUAAGGAUAAGGAAUAUGUUAGUAGGCUCACUUUGUUGAAUGUGACAGAGGACGAUGCAGGACAGUACUGGUGCACAGCCUCCAACUUUUUAGGCAAGUCUGAGAUCCCUUUCUGGCUUGCAGUGCGCCAACCAGCUGUAGAGAUGGAGAAAGAGGAAGAUUACGCCGACUUCCUAAUCUACGGAACGGGCUGCGUGCUAUUUAUCCUCACAGUGAUCAUCAUCAUCCUCUGCCGCAUGCGCAUGACCACGCAGAAGACGCUUCCGGCGCCUCCUGUACAAAAGCUCUCCAAAUUCCCCCUCAAGAGACAGCAGGUGUCCUUGGACUCCAAUUCCUCCAUGAAUUCGAACACCCCGCUGGUCAGGAUCGCCCGUCUGUCCUCCAGCGAUGGGCCGAUGCUGCCUAAUGUCUCCGAGCUAGAACUGCCAUCAGACCCCAAGUGGGAGUUUCCUCGCUCGAGGCUAACACUAGGGAAGGCUCUUGGUGAAGGCUGCUUUGGGCAGGUAGUGAUGGCUGAAGCCAUCGGUGUCGAUAAAGAGAAACCCAACAAGCCAAUCACAGUGGCAGUCAAGAUGCUCAAAGACGAUGGCACUGACAAGGACCUGUCUGACCUGGUGUCCGAGAUGGAGAUGAUGAAAAUGAUCGGCAAACACAAGAACAUUAUCAACCUGCUUGGGGCAUGUACACAGGAUGGUCCCCUCUAUGUGUUGGUGGAAUAUGCCUCGAAGGGGAACCUGAGGGAGUAUCUGCGUGCCCGGAGGCCUCCCGGUAUGGACUACUCGUUUGACACCUGUAAGAUUCCAGACGAGACUCUCACCUUUAAGGACCUGGUGUCUUGUGCCUACCAGGUAGCCAGAGGCAUGGAGUACCUGGCCUCGCAGAAGUGUAUCCAUAGAGACCUGGCGGCCAGGAACGUUCUGGUGACGGAGGACAACGUGAUGAAGAUUGCUGACUUUGGUCUGGCCAGAGACGUGCACAACAUAGACUACUACAAAAAGACCACCAAUGGUCGUCUGCCCGUUAAAUGGAUGGCACCGGAGGCUCUGUUUGACCGGGUCUACACACACCAGAGCGACGUCUGGUCGUACGGCGUGUUGCUAUGGGAGAUCUUCACUCUGGGAGGAUCGCCGUACCCUGGCAUCCCUGUCGAGGAGCUCUUCAAGCUGCUCAAGGAGGGCCAUCGAAUGGACAAACCUGCCAACUGCACUCAUGAACUGUAUAUGAUCAUGCGUGAGUGCUGGCAUGCUGUUCCAUCUCAGAGACCCACGUUCAGACAGCUGGUGGAAGAUCACGAUAGGGUUCUCUCCAUGACGUCAACUGAUGAGUAUUUGGAUCUCUCAGUACCGUUUGAGCAGUACUCCCCCACCUGUCCAGACUCUAACAGCACCUGCUCCUCCGGAGAUGACUCUGUGUUUGCUCAUGAUCCCCUGCCUGACGAGCCAUGCCUCCCUAAACACCACCACAGCAACGGCAUCAUACGGACAUAAAGGCUUCAAAGACGACGGCAGCAGUAGCGUUAUACGGGUGUGAACAGCUUAAACACGACAGCGGACAUCAGCACCCAAAUAUCCAUCGUAACAACGGCAUUAUGAGAACAUAAACACCCUUAAGAGGAAGUCGGAGAGGGCUCAGGGGUCAAGGAGAGGUCACUUUUUUAAUCCCCUGAUGAACAUCUAGAUAAGAGGAGGCUCGGGUGUUCCACAGCAAUGUUCAUGUCUCAAACUAAACCGCUCGGCGAGGUUCGAACGUGAAAAAAAGCCGAGUGUACACUUCAUUAAGGCUACCAUUGCGACGUGUCCUCUUCCUCAUGCCCUUCUUCCGAUUAUAAGCUGACAUUCUGCUUUUUGAAAAUCAUGCUUUUUUUUUAAAGAGAAUUCCUAUUUUUCUACUCUGAAAAACAAACAAGUUUUUCCUUUAACGCUUGGCAAUUUGAAAGUUGAAACCAUUCCGUGCCUGUCGAACAAACACAGAACCAGUGGAACAGUGAGGACUUCUUAUACAGUAGCUACAUAUUCGAGUGACACCCCACGUGUCAUACCAUGUAGGACAACUUGGAACUGAUGGGAAAAAAACAGUUGAUUGCGUCAAAAUCAAACUUAAACCAUUGCUUUCAAACAUAUGGCCAGUUCUGUUUUGUUUUUGUUUUUUUAACGGUUAUUUCUUUCUUUUUAUUUUCAUGAGAACUUCUGACAUGCCAAUCUCUUAAAGCAGCAGAAUCCCAGAUGUGAGGUUUGAUUUAAGGAAAUAUAAUUGUGCGUUUUGUAUGUAUCAAAAUUUUCUAUUGUAAAUAGACAGAUAUAAAUAUGUAUCAUAUUGCAGUCCACAGCAGUGUAUGUAAGAGAAAAGAAUUGAUUUAAAAAAAAAAAAACUAAUAGUUUAAGAACAAUGCAUUGCAGAUGAGCAUACAUUGUCGAGGUCAUGUAAACAUUAAAUCUUAAAAAGCUAAAAGUUUUAUUUGAAUUAACAUGUAUAUUUGUAAAGCUAUUUAUAGACUUAACAUAAUGAUUUUAAGGUCUAAAAGUAUAGUCUAGGGUUUUGGUACUGUAAACAAAGGUUUUUCUUUUGUUGUUAUUGUUAUUGUUGAGUUUCAUUUUGUAAGUUAUUUACCACAGAGGUACAGCAUUUUCUUAGCCAGUGGAUUUUUUUUUGUGUUUUUUUUCCCCUUUUAUUUUCUUUUGUGUUCCAUCUCUUUGUUUACAGUGGCAAGAAUGUAUAAACACUAUUGGCAAUAUAAGAACCAGCAUAAUGCCAUGAGCCUAGCAUUGAACCAGUUCUGAGUUCUGAGAUGAAAUGCGAAUGCCACAUGUUUUACAUUGUGUUGACUGUGAUCUCAGUGUUAAUAUAUAGAAUACAAGGACCACACGUGAUUUUUCUCUGGAGAAGAAAUCGUCAGACUUUUGAGAGCUAAAGAAUUCAGCACUUGCCAGAGUUUAAUGCAAAAAAGAAACACAUUUUAAGCAAAAUUAUUUGACUACAUUUUCUCUUGCUAGCCCUAAAACAUAAAUAAUGCAGCGAUUUAAAUGCUUCUAUUAUAUUUUUAUAACAAACUUAAAGUUACAUGAAACAAAACAAAAAAAAGACAGGCUUUUCCAGAGAACGAACACUGUGGUCCUGUAUGUCACUCUUUGAUAUGAAGGAAUGCUUUGUGGUUAAAACCCCAAAUGGCAUCAAUUAAGUUAGUAGAAACUAUAUGGUCAAACCAUUUUAUGAAAGUGUGUUUUAUGAAUGCUUUUUCAUUUAUGCUAAAAAAGGAAAGUGUGAUAUACUGUGAGGUACCAUCACUAUAUUCAUACAAAGUGCCAAAAUCUUCCAUCUGCCAAACUUUUCUGUAAAAUCCGUUAAAGAGUUCAGAUUCAUUCUUCCUCUUCAAACUGAGAGUGUGUUGCUGAUACAUGAUUGUCUCUUGCUUUGUGAGUCAAACAUUGUAUUGUGGAAGGUUUGGUUGCGUCUCAGGGUGUCCUUAGACAGUUGUGCAUGAACCGGCAAUAAUGUAUAAAGGGACAAAGGAAGAGACAAAGUGAUGCACUUGCUGCUAAAACAAGCAAAAAAUAAUAAUAAUAAUAUGUAGAGUUAAUAUCGAGUGUAAAGCGCUUUCUCUGUGCUGUCAAAUUUAUUAUGAUCGGCCCAUUUUCUUUUCAUCAAGUGCCUGGCCCAAAGGGAGGGUUUGAUGUAUUGCAAGAGGUUUGAAUGUACAGCCACAGCAGCAGAAACAUAAGCAGGGUUUUCUUUGAAACUAAUUUCGUAAAGCACUUCUUUAUAAGUGUUGUUGCUGUUGUUGUUGGAUGACAGUGAAGCAAGACGUUCAUUAGGAAAGUUCCGCCUCUUUUUCACAUUAAGGGAGGCUAUUGUCCCUGAAAGGAGGGCACUCUGUGUUUGUUUCACAUUUACUUAUUGAAACAUGCUCUUUCUCCUAAAUGCCUCUCCUCCAUAUGACCUUUAACCUCUGGUUCACCUUCGAAGCCCCCUAUACUCUACUACUGAAGGCCCUGCACCCCUACCAGCGCCCUAAUGCUGGUCCUUUCCCCACAAAUAUUUAUUGUAUUUAUAAUUUAGUUUGUUUAGGUGUGUAUACAACAGUGUUGGGUUUGUGACACUUUUGUAAUCUAAGAUGGAGGUAGUACCAAGACGUGUUUUUUUGGGGUUGAAGAGGGUUCAAUUCCAAUGAAAAUGUUUACAUUCUCUUUCAGACAUCAUGCUUUUCCCGCCGCUUUUGAACUGGCUGGAACGAUUAGCAAUAUGGUCUAACGGCCACAUCAUUACUCACGACCUUAAUGUGUCCUUUCUUUAUAGUUCUAUGUGAUAGUGCCAUUCAGCUCUUAUUAGAAAAUAUUACAGAUAAAAUACAGUUUUAAUUUACAGAUUAUUACCAUGCAUUAAGUAGAUUUGAUAUAGAUUGAUGAUUUUAACUAGGAGUGAAAGUGAUCUUUGCAGUAUUUUCUCAUAAAUGAAGGUGGUCCAACAGUGCAUUCCAUGUAGACUUUUGGAGGAAUAAAGUUUGCUGAAUUAAAGUAGCAGGUCAUUCAGACUCAUUCUGUUUCUCUCACCUUCUAACAUUGAGACGUGCAAAAAUAGUUUACAAACGAGUAGACACGAAUGCCUUCUUUGCUUCUUUUUUUUCAUUUAUGUCCCUGCUCUUAGAACAUUCCUCUGUAUUUCCAUUUCACCCACAGCGGUGAACCUACACCUCCAUGCUCACGGUCUGUGCCUGACAAAACAUUGCUGUUAAUUAAAAUAUUUUCAAUAAACACACU